AUGAAUACCUGGAUAAUUUUAAUGAAAAUUUUCUGUUUAUCCACGUAUGUCGUUAUUUUAGCUGCAAAACUCUGCACACUACCCGGAGGAGUCUUGAUGUGCUGCCCAGGCUUUGUUUGGAACAGAAUAGAAAAUAGAUGCCUAAAAUGGAAAGGUAAUGCUUUAAUGCCUUCGGGUGAUUCUCCAACCCUAAGGGAACAAUCGACUUUUCCAAAGAGUAUAAAUGGCAUUCUGACGACAGUGUCUUUAGAUUUACCUGACGAUUUCACGGUCACCAGUAGUUAUUUUUCGUACAAAUGGAUUUCUGUCACAAUAGUACUACUCUGUUUUAUCAUUGUGAUCAUCAGUGGCACAGUUAUUUUUAAACAGCUUAGACGCAGUCAAGAAACAGUGAGUACAGACGAUGCAAAUUAUACACCCAUGCAACAAGAUGAUAUAGCUCAUGAUUACAAUUUAAUCGACGAAAAUCUUCAUCCCAAUAUCGAAAGUAGAAGAAACGGAUCAAAUCAAGUGGACAAGUUCCCAUCUUAUACCUAA